AUGGGUGUGAUGGCAGAGGGCGCAGCUUUGAGGGCAGAGGUGCGCCGAAUUCUCGGUGAGCAAACUCCGGAAGACUUGCUGAAAGUGCUGAGCAGCAAGGAGCUGGAGGAGUUGCUGACAGAUGCUCAUGCCAAGGCAGGUGCAAUUCCUGGCAGCUGCGAGGCGCUCGAGGAGUUGCUGACAAAGGAGAGGCCCAAGGGUCUUACCAACCUGGGCAACACCUGCUAUUUGGCAUCAGUCUUGCAGUGCUUGUCGCAGACGCAUACCUUUGCCGAAGAACUCGGCGAGUGUCAAAGCAUGCUGAGCGGCAUAGGCCAGGCGCUGCACAAGGUGCUGGGGGACCUGCGCGCUGCGCGGCAGAGCUCAGUGGAGGAGGUCUUGGGGAAGUUGGCAGAGAGGUACACUUGGUACCAGGGCAAGUCGCAGCAAGACGCCCAUGAGUUCCUGCGAACUCUGUUGGGCGCGCUGGGCGAAAAGGAGAAGGACAGCUUGCACCCCAUCCGCAGCUUCCAAGGCUACACGUGUGAAGCUGUGCUUUGCUGGUCCUGCAGGCAGAUCUCUCUUCGGCAGGAAAUGUUUCUGGAUCUUUCUCUAGACAUACACGACAUGGAGCAUGAUGAGCCUGGACCUCUUGGAUUGCACGGCUGGAUCAUGAAGCCUAGAUGCGCGAGGAAUGCUGUGGAUGUAGAGGAGCCCGUGGAGAUAGAGCCCGAGCCAGAUGCAGAGGCAAAGGACGAAUUUGGAGAUGCCGUCAUCGAGGUGCAGCUGGAGCGCGCUCCUGGUCGCCGGGUCGCUUUGGGCUUCGAGUGGGCAGACGAACCUCAGCACGACCGCAACGUUCUGCGACGCGUUCUCCCUGGCACUAUGGCCGAUCAGUGGAACAAGCGGCAAGGAGGUCGGCUAGUUCCAGGGCUGCUGCUUUUAUCGGUCAAUGGUGAGGAAGAUCGCGAUGAGAUCAUGCAAGUCCUCAAAGAUGAGCAAAAGUUGCUCUUCCGGUUUCUGCCGGAGGAGAUCAUGAAUGCCCAGAGGGGCAAAGGAGCAGCAUGUGCAGCGAACGGCUUUCAGGUGGAGCUGGCAAAGGACAGCACAUCCAAAGCUUGGGGCUUCCAGCUGAGCAGCGAGGGCGGAGCUCUGGUUGUCUCGCAGAUUCUCCCAGACUCGGUGCUGGAUGCCUGGAACUUGCGCUGCAGAUCCACGGGCCGGCAGGGCCUGAUCGUGCACGCUGGGGACCGGGUGCUCUCUGUCAACGGAAAGACCGAUGACGCGGAGAUGUCCAAAGCUUUGUCCAACCCGGCGAGGCGCAAGAACCUGGUCGUCUUGGAGCCUGGGGACCGGCAAUCCGCUCCAGUUCGAGACAAGCAGGACUUGGAAGAUGAUGCCACGUUCGACAUCGAGCUUCACCCGCUGGGUACUGCUUGGGGCUUCCAGCUAGAGGAACCUCACGAAACUGGUGCGAAGGUGAAAGGCAUUGAUGGAGGCUCUCCGCUCGCGCUCUGGAACACGACUUGCCUCUCACGAGGUGACGAACAUCUCUGUGUCGAAGCCGGCGAUGUUCUGCUGGACUCUGCAGAUGUGCCGAUGGCUGGCAGUCGCACCUUCAAGCUACGAAGGGCCAAAGAGAGACAGGCCUCGUUGGGCGCCCUGCGUGCUGCGGCAGUCACGAAGAGCUUGCCAUCUCUGCCAGAGGAGCGUCGCCUGGCGUUGGUGCAGGCGGCCAGUGAGUGCACUGCGGCGCUGGCGGAGCCCUUGGCCGAGAUCUUCUCUGCACGGACCGAGUCUUUGAGACUGGUCACCUUGGCCGACUGCGUUAGGCACCUUGGCUCGGUGGAGGCUUUGGAGGAGGAUUUUCUGCCCAUCUACAAAUGUCCGCAGUGA